AACGGUGUCUCAGUCGGCAAAAUCGACAAUAACUCACAUAACCAAUCGAUUGUUCAAAAAUCCUGUCCUCUCCACUAAUUUUCAAAAACAUCCAUGUCAUUUCAGUUAUCAAGUAUGUGUGUGAAUCACGGUUUCCCAAUAACUUAUCAAUUAAAUAUUUUUAUCAAGCUAUAAAAAUCGACGAAUUAAUUACAUCUCAUCGUCAUAAUUAAAACCCCACAUUUGGGUCUGGGUAUGACACAUCGUGCAUAACCCACUCCUUAUUGACAAUAAUUAAACAAUGUGGAGUUACACCACAUAUCAACGGUGCUUCGUGAUAAAUUCUCGACUUAAAUAAUCGCCUUAAUUUUUCCAUUGUGACAAGGAAAUUAUUUUCGCGUGUUAAUUUAUCAGGUUCAGAUGGAGAACAAUCAGGCGAAUCAGACUCCAAUGGAAGACUCUGACGAAGAAAACAUGGAGAAAAGAAUUGAAAGGUUAAAGUUGGAAAACGCCCACAUGCGAGAAGAAUUCAAUGGACAACGAGCAAAAAUGAAAGAGCUGUUUCUCCAGAAAGAAGAAGAACUGAAAAGACGAUCCAAAGAGAAUACAGACCUUCAAGAGUUAGUGACAAAACUCAAGAACGAAUUGGACGAUGCAAAGAGUCAGCUUGUUGUCGCCAACCUUCGCCUUGAGUCUGAUAUUGAUUUAGAGACGGAGAAGGCUCAGCAGGAGAUUGCAUCACUCCAACAAGUGAUUCAGGACACGAUGGAGGAGUCCGCCUGUACUCGUGAACAGUUGGAGAAUGAAGUUCAGAAGUUGCGGGCUUAUAUAACAAAAUUAGAGGAGGAGAAUUCAAUGAUCAAGUCACAGAUUGUCAAGGAUGCACCGCAGGACGGUCCGCCAAUAUCUCUGUCACAUGUCACAAAAACUUUGGCAAGAAAGGUCGCAUCGCAAUUGGGGGCCGAUGCUCUUUCUCUAGGCCCUGAAAAUCUCGAGGAGAGCAUGAGGAAGGUAAAGAAAUAUGCGCAGGAGGAUGCAGAAGUCUUAAGAUCACUUGUGGUCCCUCUUGAAGAGGAGAUAAAAGCUCUAAAGGAGAAGUUACGUUCAACAGAUGACGAGCUUCAAAAAUGUAAAGAGGAGCAAAAUCAACAGCUUCAAAGGCGUUUGGAUCCGGAUAACGAGAACACAUGCGACAUGUGCAUGAAUUACGAGGCUCAACUGGUGAAGAUGCAGACAACAGCUAAAGAUUUUGAGAAAAAAUUAGCAGAGUCUGAUAAAGCCCUCCAAGCCCAAAGGGAGGAACUCUGCAAAGAGGUUGAAUUCAGAAAAGGAAUGGAGGAAAAGUGGAAUGAGAAGAAAGAGGAGCAUAAGAUGAAAGUGACAGAAUUAACGGCAGCUUCACAAUUGGCCCAGCAGACACUCCAGGAACUAAAACAGCAGUUUUUCCAGACCUAUCAGACUGUUACGGAAGAGCUGAGGAAGUUGACGAUAGGAAGAGAAGAGGUCCAGAAACAUCUUAUGGAGCUUCAGAGGGAAAAUGAGAUUCUCGUGGGAAAAUACAGCAAGCAUUCUGAACAGCUGCAAUCUGAGAGUAUUAACAUGCCGAAUAAUGUGGAGGAGCUUCAUCUGAGUCUGCUAAAGAUGAGGGAAGACUUGAUCACAGCGAGAGUCGCACAGGAGGUGGCUCAGGAGAAAGAGUCUACGUUGAGGUACGAAGUGGGGCUACUUAGGGAGCAGAUGAUUACCGAGAAAGAGAUGAAGCUGCAGAGUCUGGAGAGGGAACUCGAGGAGGCGUUGAAGGACAAGCAGGAGGGAGAGACCACUAUUGCUGAAUUGAAGCAGAGGGUCACCAAUUUGCAGAAGGUCUUGGACACCAGCGGAGAAGUGCAGAAGGACUUCGUGAGGCUGUCUCAAUCUUUGCAGGUUCAACUGGAAAAAAUUAGGGAGUCUGGGAGUGAAGUACGAUGGCAGCAUGAAGAAGAUGUUGAUGAGUGUCCAACUUGUCACGUGGCUUUCACAAUUGGAAAGAAAAGGGUACAUUGCCGCCAUUGUGGGCAUAUAUUCUGUCAAAAUUGCUUGACACAUGUUGUAAAUAGUGGUCCAAAACAGAGGCCAUCACGUGUCUGUGGGGUUUGCCAUACUUUACUUGUUCCGGAUACAGCCCCAUAUUUCAGUCAAGAACCACCUCACACACCAGACUAAUAGUUUGUGUCUAAACUUGAUGAUAAAUCUUAUCGUUGUUAUUUGAUAUUUUUUUAGAUAGAAUAAAUAACACAAAAGAUUCUUAAACAUUCACCAAAAAUGUGCAAUUGCAAUUUUGGUGGUAACUUCAAACAAAAUUGAGUAGAAAAAUCAUGUGCAAGUGACUCGGUAGUGGUUGUAUUAUAAAAUUCAAAUGUUUGUAUCGCGAAGGGAGGAUAAAUUAUAUUUCUCGAGAGUAAAAUCGAACGGUGGAAGGUAGAGGAUUAUGAAUAUCGGAUUUAAACUGUAGAUGCAUUGAGAGGAGUGUGACAUUUCUCUCUGAAUCCAGUUUUGAAAAUAUUUGCGAAUUAGUGGAAAUAUUUUCACAGUCUCGCAGAUUUUUCACCAUUUGGCUGCAGAAAUAUAUUUUAACAAUAAUGAAAAAGAGAAAAUAUUGAAAACAAUGAUUGUAAAAGUCACUGAAAGGAGAACUACUUAAGAUUCAUGUUAUUGGGGCCAACAGAAUGUGCAUAAUAUACAGAUUCGCGGAAAAUGAAUGUUAAUAUGUUAAAUUUUAAAGAGAAAUAAAUUAAACGCUGGGCUCAAUAACAUAAUUUUUUAGCAUGUUUUUCUCGUGUUCAAUGAGAUGUUUUGAAAAUUGAUAAAAUUUGUUUUUUGCUAGUCUGAUUAAUUAAUUGAGUAAUUAAUUCCUCUUUCCGAUUUUUCUGUAAAUUAUUGAACUUGUGUAUGACAUUCGUGUUCAUUGUAAUUCAAUGAUGGAAUAUUAAAGCUUUUCAAUGGGAA